AUGGCCUCGGCGGGUGCGCGGCGGCUCCCGGCUGGGACGCGCGCGGCGGCCCAGCGCUGCUGCUGCCUUCGCCUCCGCCCGGCCCCGCCCCAGGGGCCUCCGCGACCGUUGCAACCAAUGAGGUUUCUGACCGCUUGCAGCCUUCUCUUGCCCCGCGCUGCCCCGAUCUUGGCGUCUGAGGCUGGCUUAUCUCCCAGCCGUUCCUUCAUGGGCUUCGCUGCUCCCUUCACCAACAAGCGAAAGGCUUACUCGGAGCGUAGGAUCAUGGGGUACUCAAUGCAGGAGAUGUUUGAAGUGGUGUCUAAUGUCCAGGAGUAUCGUGAAUUUGUUCCCUGGUGUAAGAAGUCUUUGGUAGUAUCCAGCCGUAAGGGGCACCUGAAGGCCCAAUUGGAGGUUGGCUUCCCACCUAUCAUGGAACGUUAUACCUCAGCAGUUUCUAUGGUCAAACCUCACAUGGUCAAGGCUGUUUGCACUGAUGGCAAGCUCUUCAACCACUUAGAGACCAUUUGGCGAUUCAGCCCUGGAAUUCCUGCCUACCCUCGAACUUGCACUGUGGACUUUUCGAUUUCCUUUGAAUUUCGUUCUCUGCUGCACUCUCAGCUGGCCACCAUGUUUUUUGAUGAGGUUGUCAAACAGAAUGUUGCUGCCUUCGAGCGCCGGGCAGCCACCAAGUUUGGUCCAGAGACAGCCAUCCCCCGUGAACUGAUGUUCCAUGAGGUGCACCAGACUUGA